AAUGGCGGAAGGGCGCGCCCUCCGCGCGGGGGCCGACGGGAAGAAGUUCGAACGGCGCGGGCGGGCCGCGGCGGCCAUGGCGGAGGAGGCGCUGGAGGACGGUGCAGUGCGGACUCUGCCCAGCCUCAGGCGGCUCUCCUGGGCUCUGCCCUUCGGACGGAGCCAUGGCCGCCUCGGCCUCAGCGCCAGCGGGCGCCUCGUUGUGCCAGCGCUGUGCUCUCAGGAAAAGGCUGACCCGCAGAAAACCGCGUUCCUGCUGCGUAAAGCCUGGACGCUGUACAGCGUGACCCCCCUGUACGGCUUCCGCCGCGCCCGCCUCAGGGACUACGCGCGGCAGCUGGGCGCCUUCAUCGCCGCCGAGAAGCACAAGGGGCUGGCGGUGGAGGUGGGCGUCGAGCUGGACAUCAAGGCGGCCCUGUCCAGCCUUGCCGAGCUCAGGGGCAGCGAGCUGGACCAGGCUGCCCUCCUCGUGCAGCUCUCUUCGAGGUCACGAGCCUCCUCCAAGAACUCUGAGGAUAAACCAGUGUGGAUGGGCUGGUUCUGCUCCGUGUUUGGAGAUGACUUUUCCGAGAACGUGCCGGAGCACUUCACCUGCCUGCCCCUGUUCCUGAGCCACGGGGCCGAGAGCUACACCUCCUUGGUUGGCAGCUGGUUCCAGAAGACUUUCGACUGCUGCUUCCGCCGCCUGGCCAUCAGCCCGCUGAACCUCAGCUGGAUGGUGGCCAUGUGGGCUGGCUGCAAGCUGGACAGAGCUGCCUCUGCCGUGGAACUGCUCUUCUCCGUGCCCCGCCUGUCGCAGCCCCUGGAUAUUUCCUACGCCAUCCACCCAGAGGAUGCCAAAGCUCUGUGGGACACGGUGCAAAAAACGCCAGGAGAGAUCACCCAAGAGGAGGUGGAUGUCUUCAUGGACUGCCUUUACGCCCACUUCCACAGGCACUUCAAGAUCCACUUGUCAGCUGCCAAGCUGGUGAAGGUUUCCACAGCGAUUGCCUCGGCACACUGUGAUGGGAUUGUAAAGAUUCUACACAGCCAGUACCUGCCUGGAGUGCUGAUGCUACUGACUGAACUCGCAAUCUCUCAGAUACAGUGAGAGCCAUUUCAGUAGCUCCUCAUACUAAAAAGGCUUUCUGUUUGGACAAUCUGUGCUGAGAAACCACCAGGAAACUCACUCCUGCAGCAUCUUCUUUCCUCUCAUUCUGGCUGCCCAAAGUCAGAUUGCAGCUCCAGCACUUGGCUGUGUAAUUCCAUGCAUAGCAAAGUCAAGCAGGCCCUGAAGAAGGGCUGCAAUGCAAACUUGUGACAGCAUCCUGAGCAGCUUUGUUUUCUCAGACUCGCUCAUUUCAUUUAUGUGCCGGUAUCAGCUCAGAGACAAGCAGUGCAAGUUCUCGAUGCAACUUACUGCCAGGUAUUUCUGUUCUUUCAAAGUUGGUUUUCACUGGACAGCCUAAGCUACGCAGACUUUAGCAUUGGCUAAACUGUGAUUAGUCUUGGGCUAGCCUAAAUGCAGAGUUCAGCACACCUGAGAAAGGGUGCAUGCUCUACAACCCAGGCAGAAAAAUCCAGGUUUCUAACUCCCUUUUUAACUUGUUAAGGGUACUUGGUAAUGGUGAUAAUGUUCAUUCAUGUUCCAGUUGGGCAUGAGAUUGGACAUGAGGCACUUGUCAGCCUAUUGGUCCUCCCAGACAAGUUGAUAGAUAGGAAAGUGAUGUAGAUAAGCUUGAUAGUUACUAGGCUUUGUCCUGAUAUUUGUAAUCUUGGAUAUAAUCCUGUAGGCCAGAGAGCUCUCAGGGUUGAAGCUAUGCUAGAAUUUGAUGUUGGAUCCCUCCCUUCUGGAGCAGGUAAAAGUUCAGAGGGACAUUUAAGGAGCAGAAAGUAGCACCUGCUGAGACAUUUUUGUAAUACAGUACUAAAUAAAGAAAAUAUUUUCCAUCUUUUGUCUUAAGGAAAGACCACCACUGUCUAAUUAAAUAUAUCCUUGCAUGGAGCUUAUUUCGAAUUACAGCUUACCUGACCAAACCACUCCUUGUUACUUAUUAAAUGCUUCUGUGAGCAGCAAAA